AUGGGGAACGAAGGCAGCAUCGAGGGUGAGGGCCAGCCGGGGCAGCCCGGCUCCGCUGUUCCUUCCCCGGGGGCUCCGACUUCCAUUUCAGCACCAGCAGGCUCUGGACAGCUCAUCAAGCCCAGCAAUGGUGCGCCAACGGGAGGGACGGGGGCCGGACCCGGCCCGGGGAUUAACAGCAUCUCUGGAAAACUCCCCCAGACAGACCCUGGGUCCGGGCCCAAGGCGGGGGUCCAGACUGGGCCUGGGACGGGGGACCGCCUGGCCUCCCAGAGGGAGCAGCAGGGUCAGAGCCACGUCGCCCGCAAGAACCUCCAGGUGGACGUGGGUAGUAGCAGGACAGGACGGUCCCCAUCGGUGUCCCCCGCCGUCACCCCCACCUCACCCUACUCCGUGCCCCAGAUCGCCCCCAUGCCCAGCAGCAAGCUGUGCCCCGUCUGUAAGACGGCCGACCUGACGGGCACCACGGAGGACAACCAGCCAAACUGCAGCACCUGCACUCAGUGCCGAUCCACGGUGUGCAACCAGUGUGGCUUCAACCCCAACCCACACCUCACCGAGGUCCAGGAGUGGCUGUGUCUGAACUGCCAGAUGCAGAGAGCUUUGGGAAUGGACAUGGAGACACCUCGCUCCAAGAGCCAACAGCAGAUCCACUCUCCUUCUCACCAAGCCAAACCAGAGCCCAUCUCUGAACCUCAGCCCCAGGUCCAACCUCAGCCCCAGGUCCAACCUCAGCCCCAGCCCCAAGCCCCACCUAAGGCACAGCCUCUAACCCAGCAUCAGGCUCCUACACAGGCCCAGCCUCCUCCCCCAGGAGCUGUCCCUCUCCCAGGCAUGGCCAAAGCUCCAUCCCAGCCUGACCUCCGUGGCUCCCCUGCCCACCAGCCCCUGCCCCUCCGCCAGGACCACACCCGUAGUGCAGGGAGCUCCCCAUCCCGCCAGCCCCCACCCCCGGCCGCCGCCCCCGAGCAGACCUUUGGGAAGCUGUUUGGAGGCUUCGGUGGCUUCGGUGCCUCCCUCCUCAACCAGGCCAGCACCCUCAUAUCAGAUAACCCAGUGUCUGCUCCGCCGCAGCCCCAACAGCCCCCCAAACCUGCCCCCAAACCAGCCGGACCCCAGGGACCUGCAGCUGGGGCUGGGAAACCACUAGGAACUCCCCACGCACCCCAACAGGGACCCCCCCAGCAGCAGGCCAAAGGUGCCUGCUGUCCCCUGUGUAAGACCAGUCUCAACGUGGGGGUGACGGGCGAGCCGGCCAACUACAGCACCUGCACCCAGUGUCACGCCCAGGUCUGCAACCUGUGUGGAUUCAACCCUGCACCCCAUCUGGAGAAUAAAGAAUGGCUCUGCCUGAACUGCCAGACCCAGAGAGCUUUGUCUGGGGCCCUGGGAGACACUCCACUUCCUGCUCCUCAGCCAAUGGGAUCCCCACGGCACCCGGCUCCAGCCAAUCAACCACAGCCUCAGCAGAGAGGGCCCAAUCAGCAGGCAGGGCUACGGCCCACUGGUCCUCAACAGCAACAGAAACCACCGGGUGCCCAAGUAAGUGGCCCUCCUUUCUCCCCUGCCAAACAGGCAGGGCCCACCGCCCAAAGCACGGGGCCUGCUCAACCGUCCCCUGCCAAGGCACAACCCUCCCCUGCUAAAACAGCCCAGCCUUCACCUGCUAAGGGUGAACCCUCCCCAGCCAAACAGACAGGACCCACCACCCAGAGUAAGGGUCCUGCCCAGCCCUCCCCUGCCAAGGGCGCAUCCUACCCUGCCAAACAGACAGGACCCACCACCCAGAGUAAGGGUCCUGCCCAGCCCUCCCCAGCCAAGAGCGCACCCUCCCCUGCCAAACAGACAGGACCCACCACCCAGAGUAAGGGUCCUGCCCAGCCCUCCCCAGCCAAGGGCGCACCCUCCCAUACUAAAGCUGCAUCCACCCCUAGCAAGGGUGCACCCUCUCCUGCUAAGGGUGCACCUACCCAACCUAAACCCAACCAGAGUGUACCCAACAAGCAGUCUGGUAAGCAGCAGCAGGGCCAGGAGAAAACUAAAGUCACCACCAAAACUCAAAAGGAAGCAGAAGUCAAAGCCUCGCCCAAGAAGGGAGCACCUGAGACCAUCACCACAUCAAAAGAUGAAAGGAAAAAACCUGCUGGAGACUCGCAGAAGUCAAAGCACCAUGACGUGAGCGACCUGCAACUUCAACGUCUUUACCACUGUUAUUGUUCUUGA